AUGAAGAACAAACGGGCAAGUAGAAGGGACAAAAAGGAGAUCAAAGUCACGUAUAUUUCGAGCCCCGUUAAGGUAAAGACUAGUGCCUCCAACUUUAGGGCACUUGUGCAAGAACUCACCGGGCAAUACUCCAAUGUUGCUGAAACCUCCAUGCCCAUGGAAGAGGAAAAUGGGCACUUGGAGAGACUAGUGCACAAAGCUCAUGACAAUGAGACUCAAGAAUGGAGGAUGGAUCUUGAGGGCACGAACUUGAUGAUGAGACCUGAGUAUACUGAGUAUCUCUCGAGAUCCCUGAUGGAGCCAUACAACCAACAACAACACCUUCAAUUUGAUUUGAUGAGUUUUGACAUGUCAUAG